GGUAUCCCAACGCUAAUUAUAGCAGUAGCAGGAAUUGACGAUGCAGCGUCUGUUGCAAUAUAUGGCAUCGUAAAAAGCGUCAUGUUCUCUCAUGACAAGCUUUGGUAUCAAAUUCUUCAAGGACCUAUCGCUAUAGUCGGUGGUCUCGGCUUUGGUAUACUCUGGGGCUGUUUGGCCAAAUACGUUCCAGAAAAGGGUGAUCCCUUUAUGGUUCCACUAAGAGUAUUGAUGCUAUUAGGGGGUGGAAUGGUUGCGGUUUUUGGAAGUGAGGCUAUUGAACUUGGAGGUGCUGGACCAUUGGCAGUAGUUGCUGCAGCAUUUGUCAGUUGUUACUUUUGGCAAAAAGAUGGAUGGGAAGUUGAUGACAAUCCAGUAGCAACGUCAUUCGAAAUAUUUUGGAUGAUAUUCGAGCCAAUAUUAUUUGGUAUAACUGGUACUCAAAUAAGGAUCGACGAAUUAAAAGGAAAAACCGUAUACCUUGGGAUAGGUUGUUUAUUGGCCGGUAUAAUAAUACGAAUAAUCGUAACGAUAAUCGUAGGUAUAGGUUGUAAAUUAAAUACCAAAGAAAAAGUUUUUAUCGCAUUAUCUUGGAUGGCUAAGGCAACAGUACAAGCAGCCUUAGGACCAGUUACCCUUGACGAGGUUAAUCAAGACGUUCCUGAACAAGUUGAAUAUGCCAACAUCGUAUUGACCAUUUGCGUUCUUUCGAUAUUAUUAACGGCACCGGCUGGUGCAAUAAUCAUAUCAUUGUCUGGACCUAAAUUAUUAACCAAAACUACGACCCCGAGUGUACCACCGGAUGCUUGGAAAACUAGGAGACCAUCGAUAAGGGAUAUUUCUAUAAUAAACGAGGAUCCUGAUCUCGAGGAAACUGAGAACGAUAGGAAACCUUGAUUAAUUUUUUUUUUUUUUU